AUGUUCCGUCUCUUCAGGUCCGACUUCUUCAACUUCGAGGCUCUCCGUCUACUCAGCUUCACCGCGCACGAAGGCGGGGAGAUUGCCGAGUUCUUCACCGCGGUAGCCCGCAUCAAAGACCAGGACGUGGAGAGCUGGUACGCAGCAUGGAUGGAGGCGGCCGACAAAGCUGAAGCGCUGGCCACGGAGGCAGAGCUGGCCGGGAACCGCGUGGCGGCGCGACGGGCGUACCUCCGUGUCGCCAACUACCAGCGAUCGGCCCAAUUCAUGCUCAACGGGCUGCCCGGCACCGACUCACGACUGCUGACGGCCUCCGAGGCGGCGAUCUCCAACUUCAGCCGGGCGGCCGCCCUGUUCGACUGGAGCUACCACCGCGUGGACAUCCCCUACGAGGAAGGGCUCGACCUCCCGGGUUACGUCUUCCUGCCCCAUCCCUCCACCCGACUGCCCGGCGGCAAACUACCACUGCUGAUCCAGACCGUCGGCGCGGAUGCCACGCAGGAGGAGAUCUUCUACAUCUUCCCGAUGGCAGCGCUCGAGCUGGGGUACGCGGUGCUCACCUUCGAGGGCCCGGGGCAGGGGAUCGUGAUCCGGCGACACGGGGUGCCCAUGCGGCCGGACUGGGAGACGGUGGUGGGCAAGGUGCUCGACUUCACCGAGGGGUACGCGACGGCGCACCCGGAAUUCGACCUGGAUCUGGCGCGCAUCGCGCUGGUGGGGUCCUCGAUGGGGGGCCACCUGGCGCUGCGCGGCGCGGCCGACCCGCGCAUCCGCGCCUGCAUCGCCGUCGACCCCUUCUACACCAUGUUCGACCUGCUGAAAAGCCGCAUGCCCGACCCCGUCACCAACACGUUUGUGGCGGGCGGGUUCGUCCCGGACGCCGGCUGGGACUACGUGUUCGGCCUGCUGGGCCGCUUCAACCCCAUGACGCGCUGGGAGUUCGACUUUGGCCGCUGGAUGCUCGGCGUGCCCACCGCGGCGCAGAUGCUCCGCCGCAUGCAGGAGUACACGCUGGGCACCUCGGACGGGGUCGGCUUCCUGCCCCGCAUCCGCUGUCCGGUGCUGGUCACCGGGGCGCGCUUCUCGCUGUACUCGCAGCCGGAGGUCAGCACGCAGCGGAUCUUCGAGGAGCUGGUGAAUGUCCCCCUGGAUCAGAAGGAGAUGUGGGUGGCGGAGGACACGGCCGAAGGCGGGUUGCAGUCCAAGGUGGGGGCGUUCACGGUGCUGACCACCAAGUCGUUUGCCUGGUUGGAUCGGAUGUUCGGGAUUGAGCGUAAGAUUCAUCUCUAG